AAUAAAUGGAACUAUGAACUAUGACCGGCGUGGUGAAGUAUGGUCAAUCGAAGCCAAUUCGCUUUGACCGGCGUGGUGAAGUAUGGUCAAUCAAAACCUCCGUUGAACUGAUUUGGAAUCGACCGCAUCCUGUUCUCAAAAAAUGGAAUCGAUUCCACAACUUGGCGGUUUGUGGAAUCGGAACUCGAUUCUUCUCGGAUCGACAAUCGCCCAUCCCGUGGUAACUGUACCAAUAUCAACACCGCCAGCAGCAGCAGCAUCACCAACAACAACAACGCAUGAACAGCGCCGACAUCAACUCCAGCAACAUUACCACCAACCACACGCACACAAUCACCAACCCCCUCCACGACCAACAUCACCAAUGACAACCACCAACAUGAUGAGCACUAUCAGUAUCAACGGCGAAGUUGUUGUUGGUGGUGGUGGUGAUGAUGGUCGAAGCGGCGGCACCACCACCGCCACCACCGCCACACUCAACGUCGCCCGCUCCUCCAACCACGACUCCCAGCAGCUCCUCGUCGCUCUGCUGCUCGGCUGCCACCAGCUGCUGCAUCUCCUCCGGCAGCGCAGGCGACGGCGCCGGCUGUUGCUGCACCUGCAGCACCUGCGAAUGUGCCGCUCGCUGUUCGCGCGGGCCCGCGCCGCGCUCAGGCCCCGCCGGCGCUUCUGGAUGGCGCCGCAGAGCCAGCAGUGGUGGGAGUGCGUGGUGCAGGAGCGCUUCGCCGACGCCGACUGGCUGCGCGAGUUCCGCAUGCGCCGCGCCACCUUCGAGCGCCUCUGCUCGCUCGUCGCCGCCGACGUCGCGCCCGCCGCCGCCGCCGCCUUCGUCCGCAAGCCCGUGGACACGCGCAAGCGGGUCGCCAUCGCGCUCUUCAAGCUCGCCACGGGCGCCGAGUACCGCGUCGUGGGCGAGCUGUUCGGCGUCAGCAAGACCACGGUGCACCGAUACCUCUACCGCGUGUGCAGGUGUGUGUGUCACCUCCUGCUGCGACACAGCGUGCAUCUUCCGGCCCUGGAAGAGGCACGUGCCAUAUCUGAGCGCUUCUGCAAGCAGCAUGUCCUGCCACAGGUCUUUGGCUGCAUUGGCAGCACACACAUCCCAGUGCUCGCACCCAGGCUGGGCUCCAGGGACUACGCCAACAGGAACCAGUGGCCCUCCAUCAUCCUGCAGACCAUUGUGGACGACACGCUCAGGUUCCGAAACAUCUAUGUUGGCGUUCCAGGAAACACUCACCACGCUACAGCAUUCCACAUGUCAGAUUUGUAUAAGAAUCCUGAUCGUUUGCCCAAAGCCACCAUAGACAUGAAAGGUGUGGAUGUCCCACUCAUGAUCGUUGGUGAACCAGCAUUUCCGCUGCUCCCUUGGCUAAUGAAAAUCUACGCAGAAAAACACUUGAGCAAUGAGAGGGAAGUGUACAACACUCACAUCAACGCCAUCCUCGUUAAAGUGGAACAAGCCUUUGUCAAGCUCAAAGGUCGCUGGAGAAUUCUCUUGAAGCGCUCUGAUGUGCACCAUAUGUUCAUGCCCACGGUGGUGGCCACCUGCUGCGUUCUGCACAACUUGUGUGAAGAGCAGUCCGAUGACUUUCUUACCACAUGGCAAGAGGAGGUGAAGGAUAUGCAGCAUCAGCAACCACAACCAAAGGCAAGCCAAUGUGAGGGUCACGAGAACCACGAAGCGGUGGUGAUCCGUGACGCUCUUGUGGCUUACAUCACUGAGCAUGUGCAUCAAGAGGGCAUUACAGCACAAAGCUAAUGAAAACGUAAUCUUUGUAGCACAGAGAACAUGUUUUCCAUGACAAAAUCCAAUCUCAUUGGGUUAACAUUGCUCGCUAUGUGCCGUACUGUAAUUACUGUACUUAAUUAGCAAGCAAAACACAUUUUAAGCGUUUUACAUCAGUUUACAAUAAAAAAUGGUUGUACAUUAUUACGUGGCAUGCCUGGAUAUACUUUUGCACUAAAUAUGUACUGUUAUAAAUAUGUACCAAGUAUUUUAAUCGCAAGUAGUUUGUAAAAAUGCACUUGCUUAACACAUUUAAAACAAAAUUUACGUUUUUCACUUGAGCUCAACGUUGUGGGUGUGAUAUUUAUGUUGAACUUAUUUCACACCUCACGUAGCCAACCGUGUUUUGUUGACUUAAUAAAAUUAAUGUGAAUCUUCACAGCUUCACGCUAAAAAUGUGGUUGACUGGUUUUAAUAAUGGAGUUCCUGUUCCAGUACGGUAGAAUAUGUCGAUGUCUUCUCUUCUUUCGUAUGGCAUUUUUGUAGAUUGCAACAGAUUACAAAUUAAUGUCCAGGUCUCAUGUCCAUGCGACUGCUUUAGGAGUAGCUGCGUGGAAUUUGUUUUCUUUCAGAUCGCCGUUGAAUGAUCUGAUUGGGCAGGCGUUCUCGAGCGGUUGCACGGUCCGAGAUGUCGCACCACAGUCACAAACUGGACUCCCAUGUAUGCAGAAAGUAUCCACAUCUUCCAUAGUGUGGAACAAUGUGCUUGUUUGUCUGAGUGGGGAGGGGUAGCCACCCUGGUGAGGUGGAUGGAAGGGGAUGAUAAUCUCACAGACACUGGACUAUUGGAGUGUAGGGGAGGGUAACCUCAGAGAGACUGGGGUUUUGGAGGGGAGGGGCUGAUAACAUCAGUGACACUGGGGUGAUGUGAGGAGUGGGUGAAGGGUGUUGACGUCCCGAUAAAUUGAAGGUAGUGAGGAGAUGAUAACGGAGGAGACGGGGCUGGGUGGUGACGUCACGCGACACUGGUGAGUUGGAAGCAGAAGGGUGAUGACGCCACGCUGGAUUGAGGUGCGUUUGUGAGGAAAGGGGAGGGGGGUGUGACGUCACGCGGCACGGGUGAGGUAGACGACGGAGUAAUGACGUCAAGAAAUGCGGGAGUGGUGAGGGGGGUUAUGACGUCACGCGACAUUGGUGAGGUGUAGGAGUGAUGAUAAAACGUACUUCCCCCCCCCCCCGACGUUCAGCGACGUUGAUGCCAGUUUUCUAUAAUAUUAGGCUUUUAACGAUGCAUUUAUUGAUGGAUCAAUAUUUAUUCUUAAAGCUCAAUUUGUGAGUGAAGUCACGCGUGCGGGAAUCGAUUGUUUAUGAUGUAUGCAAAUGCAUGCAAGCAAUGUGGUAAUUAUAUACUGCAUUGAGGCUAAUAGAGCAAAUAAAACGACAAAUAAAGCAGUAAAGAAAGCGUAAUAAUACACAGGAAAUAUUGAGAACACAAGAGUCAAUCACCGAGGCAUUGCGAUCCCAAAUCGUGACAAGGUAUCAAAUCGCAAGUUGCACAAUGCAGUGAUGAUUUUUAAAGAACAGCGCAAGGGACUUCUGAACACUAUUCAGAAGGUGGCAGCACGUGUACACGCAAAGAUAUUGCAAUGAAGCACCGUGCGUUUGUCUUUGUUUCCGCAACACUUCAACAAAUAAUGAUUUCUUUGUAAACAAAAAUUACACAUUAGGACCAAAUAAUUAUAUUUCACGCAAGACAGCAUGCCUAUUGAAAGUCCUACAAAGGUCAAAAAUUAAUUUGAAAUGCUUUUCAGGAUAAAUUCGUUGGGCAUAUUUGUAUGGUGAGCACGAAGCCAUGCGCACUUUAUAAAGCGCCUUCAACACCGGGCGGGCAAGCCAACCCGGCACUUCUGAGAAUGGAGUCUGGCUUGGUGCACGUGAUACUUAGUCUUUUGCAUUAUAUAUUUUAAAAAGUUGUCUUGGUAACCAUUGUUAUUGUCGCUUGUUUAUUACUGGUUGGUGGAUAUACUGUAUAUGUGCAGUCCGUAAUCAGCCAGACUGCUGGAUCAGGGUCAUGAGGAAUAUUUCACCAUGUGUCACCACACUGGUCAGUACGGGUUGAAUAUUGGAGGGAAAGGCAGAAUAAUGUCUUUUUCUGCAUUGCCCUCUGCUGCCCACAAUGACGAAUACAUCUGUCUCUUGAGCUUGGUAGUGACCCAUCCAUGCACGAUGCAGGCUCAAUUCUGGUUACUUUCCAAGAUCUGAUGAGUUUGCCCUGGCCAAAUUCUGGGUGGAAAUACUAUCUCAACCUUAAACAAAAUUUUGUGCCCCACUGUAGUCACCAUGUGAUUGCAAGCGUUGAUGGCUGCAAAUAUCUUCCCUUAAAGAUGAAAUUAUAAAUGUGCUUGCGCACAUGCUUGGAAAUAAGUCUGAGGAAAUGUGUUUUUGGCCAUAUAAACCUAUGAAAAUACAUUCACAUCACUGUUGUGCCAAAAUCAAUACUUGCAAAAUAAGAUGUACACUAUUAUUGCCUUUAUGUGAAUAAGGGUGGAUGUAUUUUUUCGCGUAAAUAAAACAUCUGUCGGAGAGUUAUGUCAAAAACUUGGAAGCUUAAUUUUCUUAAUCUAUGAAGCUCUCAUGUGCCAUUUAGCCAUAACUUGUUUUAAAUAUUAAAUGUUCCUAUCACAGUCGGUUAUGGUUGUAAAAAGGAGACUUGGGCUGGUGUACUUCAACUGCACAUGGCUGUAAUCCAGCAUUUUUGGGACAAGGAUUUGAUAGGUCACACAGAUUUGUCAAAGCUCCCAAACUGGCUGUGCGAAGGCCAGAUGGCAGUAAAGCAUAUGAUUCAUGAAUCCGGUAUUGAGUUUUAAGUGUUAUCCCCUCAUGCAUGGGUUGUCUCCAGGUGCUCUGGUUUCCUCACACGUGCCAAAUACUGAUUAAUGAAAAAUUAGUCAAAUAUCUAAAUAUAAUACUCUGUCUUAAAACUCAGGCUUCCCUGGACAGCGGGCAUUAGUUUAAUAAGCACGUGUUAAUCCAACUCUAAAUCCUAUAUCGAACAGUUUUACAAUUGAAGAAACAAGCUUUUAAUAUUUUAUUUAAAACGUGAUUAUUUCAAAACUAUUCAAAUACAGUAGGUUACUACUUGCAUAAAACAUUCGGUCAGCAUGCAGUUAAGGUGACCACAUGACUUAAAGCAAAACAAUGAUGCCCUGACCCAACCUCUUUAAGCCAUCGUUGGUUUCAGAUGAUCAGCAAGUCUGAAGAUGAAAACCAGAUGGGGUACAGAAUUAUUGCAGCACAGCCAUCCAAGGGUGAAACCACAAGACUCUUAAAGGUCGCAGGUGUGCGUGGUAGCAGAUACGUUGUGCCCUGGCCAGUACCACGUGAAACCGUUGCCUCGUUUCGGUCAUGUAAAAACAAUAUUGUCAAAUGCCUUUGUGCAGUUUUAAAGGAUCUAUAUAUAUAAUUUUUAAAUCCACAGGAUAAAAUUGUUAUCUUUGAUUACCAAGACGAUGCUUAACCAGUCACAAAAAAUAUAUAUUUGAUACAAACUAUUGUACACUGUAGCCUAUAAAUCAAUUAUACAUCAUUGUCCUGAAAUGUAAUUUUCCCACAAGAAUGUUAGCACAGACAUGUAAAAAAAAAGUUUUAAUGUGGGUGAAAAAAGUCAAUUUGGGACAAUUCAUUCUAUUUCUGACGAUUGUAUCCAUUUCAAGUGAGUGCAAGGCAUAAUGGGCAGCAGGAGCCAAAGAAUAAUGAGUCACCCUAGCCUUCCUUGGAGGAAUAACAACACUUUUCACUGUCCAUAGCCCAGCUUUCAAAAGCAUUCAUUAAACUAUAAAAGCAGACAGUUCCCAGGCACUGCCCAUUAUUCUUGGACAAAAAAAUAAUAAAGUACGUUUUCCGUCAUGUUAAAGUACUGUAACAAUGUAUUUCAAUUAAGUUUAUAUUUAGAAGAUAAUAUUAUUGUGACAAAUAUACAUCACAAAUUGAUUUGUGUUAAUGUUGAAUUACGUUGAAAUACUUUAAAAGGUCAUGUAAACAUCAAUAAAAAAUUAAAUCGUUCCUUU